GGCGCGUCCCGCCCGAGCACCGGAACCGAGCCCCGGGCGCGGCAGCCAUGUUACGAGGGGGGCGCGGGGCCGUGGCGGCGCUGAGGCGGGCGGCGGGGAGCCGCGGGGCGGGCGGCCACGGCCAGGGGCAGGGGCAGGCGCUGGAGCCGACCCUGCUGCGCUUCUUGGUGUGCCCGCUCUCCAAGCGGCCGCUGAGGUAUGACGAGUCUACUAACGAGCUCAUUAAUGAGGAGCUGGGCAUCGCGUAUCCCGUCAUCGAUGGCAUCCCGAACAUGAUCCCAGAGGCUGCCAGGACAACGCGGAAGAAGCCCCCGGCUGACAGCUUGAAGGAGACCUCAGGGCCCGCUGGGCCCCAGCAGUAAAGCGAUGGCUGGAGGGGGCGUACUGCCCUCCCUGCCCACACUGACCGUCCUCGUUCCGCUCCUGUCCCUAGCAGGCUUGUUCUAUGCAGCCGCUGUGGAUGAGACCUUCCCGCAGGGCUGCACCAGCACAAACAGCUUGUGUUUCUAUAGUCUCCUCCUUCCUAUUACAAUACCAGUUUAUGUGUUCUUCCACCUGUGGACCUGGAUGGGGAUUAAGCUCUUUAGGCACAACUAGUGCAAUGCAUUUGCUAAACCCCUGUGCUUCUCUAGAGCAACACAGUUUAGUCUCACAGGGUGCUACACUUGAUUUGAGAGAGUUCCCAUCUGGCACUGGUGACCGUUGCUGUUUUCCUAGUGGUAUCUGGAACUGUAUGAAGUCUUCUGCAGCAAGCCCAUUACUUAAUUACUGCUAAGGAAGAUAGAGCGGAGGACUAACGAGAAGCAUUAACUCUUUCUAGUAUAUCUCUUCAAGAACAUUCUCUGUUUCUAAUGGUACUACUGAAAAUCUUACAGGUGGCAGUCAUCUUUAUUAGAAAAGACUGCACGCAGAUUGAAAUAACAUCUUAGAUAAUAAGCAAUGACAGUGUGGCAGUAUGAGUCUCUCUUUGAGUCAUGAAGCUUUAACUUUGUUCAUAUGUCUUGAAGUGAUGUGUGUAUUGAAAUGUAUUUGUCUCACUGUUAGAAGACUGUAAAAUAAAUGAGGCUGAUGUUUAAUAACAA